UUCUUUUAAAGACUUCGAUCGCUACAAUUUCCUUAAUUUUGUACAACGAAGCUAACCAUGCGUUUCUCACACAACCACGGAAACCUUUUCCAAUAUUUAGCCACCUUUUCUGGUGCUUUUUCUAUCAUAACUUCUGGGAUUAAUUUGGGGUGGACUUCUCCCUAUUUGCCACAACUUCUCAGCGCCAAUUCAACUAUUCCCACGACUAGUGAUGCGGGGUCGUGGUGCGCCGUUAUGCCCCUUUUGGGGGCUCCAGUCGGGGCUCUUCUUGCCGCAGUACUGGUUGACAUAAUCGGCAGAAAAAACACAACGCUUUUAAUGAGCCCAGUGAUUAUCGCCUCGUUCAUCUGGACCGCGUAUGCCAACUCCAUAUGGGUUAUUUCCGGCAUCAGAUUCAUUAUUGGGGCCACUGAAGGUGCUCUCUACACGGCUUUGCCCAUGUACAUCGGCGAAAUUUCGGACCCCAAAAUUCGGGGGUUUUUGUCAUCGACACCGACGAUUGCAGGAAUCGCCGGUACGCUUUUUAUUAAUAUUAUUGGGCAACAAUUUUCGAUUUUUACUUCGUCGCUGAUUUGCGUUCUUGUUCCUCUGAUUCAUUUGGCGACUUUUGUUUGGAUGCCGGAAUCGCCCUACUAUUACAUUAAGAAGCACAAAUUGGCGGAUGCCGAGAGGAGUUUGAAAGUAUUGCGAGGGACUGAAGAUGUUGAAGAUGAAUUGGAUUUAUUGUGUAAAGCCGUAACGAGACAAGAACAAAGCAAAAAGGCCAAAGUAACGGAUCUCUUCACUGUUCCGAGCAAUAGGAGAGCCUGUCUCAUUUAUGUCAUUAUUUGCCUAACUAACAAGUUCAGUGGCAAAAAUCCGUGUCUUUUUUACACGACGAUGAUCUUCGAAGAGGCUGGAAGCCGCAUCAGCUCGGAAUUGUCCGUUAUUAUCUACUGCUCCGUCGAAUUAAUCGCAACUUUGGUGGCAAUGUUCGUGGUGGAUAGAUUCGGGAAAAGGCCGCUUUUGAUUACAUCGACGGUCGGAUGCAGCGUUUCGGUGUGUUUCCUCGCCACGUAUUUCUACAUCAAAGACUGGUACCCCGACUUUGUUGAAAGUUUUGAUUGGUUACCGAUUACAUCUCUGGUGUCUUAUAACGUCUUGUUCAGCAUUGGAUUAGCUUUCGGCGCUGUGACAGUGCUGAGUGAAUUAUUCCCGACCAAUGUUAAAGCCGUGGCUUUGGGGACCGCUGAUACCUUCUCGGUCAGCAUGGGAGCGCUGGCUUCGAAAUUUUUCCAACUGACCAAAGAUGAGUUCGGGAUGUACGUGCCUUUUUGGUUCUUUGCGACGUGUACAGCUGUCGGAUUAAUCUUCAUCAUCAAGUUUGUGCCCGAGACCAAAGGCAAGAGUUUAGAGGAGAUUCAACAGUUCUUGAUUGCCGAUGGGAGUGACACAAGUGAGAAAGAGUGUAAGAAGAGCGAGUUUGGCAUUUGAUUGAUUUAAUGACGUGUGAAGGUUUUAACCGCACGAGAGACACUUGGUUAGGCAGGAUAUUAGUGGUUCUGCAGCUAACGUUACAGAAGCCGUACAUUACGCGCUUCCGCAUUGUGAUAUUGUUUUUUAUUUAUGGAAAUUGUAUUUUUUUAUAAAAUAAUAAAAACCGUCAAUUAAAUUUA